AUGAAGGGCACCUUUUUGGCUUUAUUUCUAUUCUCUGUCCUACUUGCCAUCUCAGAAGCGAGGAGUGAGGAGUCUAUGAAGCUCCUCUGGGGGCUAGAGUACCUAAAAGCAGUUGUCUAUUUCUGUGCUAGCUCCAGGUGGAAGGAAAGCACAGCGCAAACCCCGAAGGUGGGUUCCUCAGGGGAGGAAAGUCUUCAGGAUGGACAGCUGCCUACUGGAGGGUCUUGGGGCUCAGAGAAGCACUGGGUGAUGUUAAAACAAGACUUAUAAAGUGUGUGUUGCACUGCCUGCUGUUCCAUAACUGAUUUGCUUGCUCUUUGUUAA